UAUCAAGUCAUUUGUUUCGGCGAUCGCAAUUAUGGCGGAAUGCGGCAGAAUUUCUACUGUGAUAACUUUCAUGUUGAUGUGCACUUGGAGUUUUCCUUCAACUGCUGAAUCUUAUUUUCAAGAAAUUCCGACCGAAACUUGGGGUUACGUGGAAGUGCGAGAAAAUGCACAUAUGUUUUGGUGGCUCUACGGAGCUCAAACGAGCAACUCUUCUGAAAGAGUGAACAAGCCACUUAUCAUGUGGCUUCAAGGAGGACCAGGCGGUUCCUCAACAGGGUUUGGAAAUUUCGAAGAGCUUGGUCCACUCACAGUGGAGCUGAAACCUCGGAACACUACCUGGAUUCAGGCUGCAAAUGUUUUAUUCGUCGAUAAUCCUGUUGGCUCAGGGUUUAGUUACGUCACCCAACCAAGUGCUUACACCACGAAUGUGACUGGUAUUGCAAAUGACCUUGUUACUCUUUUUAGAGCCUUCCUGGAAAAACAACCUGUUUUCCAGCAAAUGCCAUUUUAUAUCUUCUGUGAAUCCUAUGGAGGAAAGAUGACAUCUGCCUUUGGUGUGGCCCUGUAUCAAGCUAUCCAAAGUGGAAGUGUGAAGUGUGACUUUAGAGGGGUUGCUCUGGGUGAUUCUUGGAUUUCGCCUGUGGAUUCUGUGUUGACCUGGGGACCUUACCUUUAUGCUGUAAACCUACUUGAUGGAAAAGAUCUGGCAUCUGUCAAUCAAGCUGCCCAGUCUACUGCUGAAGCUGUUGCUAAGGGUGAAUAUACAAAGGCCACUCAACUCUGGGGCCAGACUGAACAAAUCAUUUCAGCAACAACAGAUGAUGUUGAUGUUUACAAUAUCCUGAUACACCAUGCCCCACCUUUUCCAAAGUUUCAAUCUCUAGGAAGCGAUUUCUUAGAUCGCUUGUAUGCUCAGCAUGUGGGUCCCCUUUACACUGACCCUCUGACAGAACUCAUGAAUGGUCCAAUCAGGAAGAAGCUGGGUAUAAUACCAUCUAAUGUCACCUGGGGUGGGCAGUCAGGUGAAGUGUUUGUGUACCAGACUGAAGAUUUCAUGAAACCAGUCAUAGGUGAUGUUAGCAAACUUUUGAAUUAUGGUAUUAAGGUUGUUGUUUAUCAAGGCCAGUUGGACAUGAUUUGCGACACCCUUGGAGCAGAGGAGUGGAUCAAGAAACUUGACUGGGAUGAUUUACCACAAUUUUUAAACACCAAUCGAGAGCCACUAUAUGCCCCCUCGGGUAAGACAGACAGAGAUACAGCAGCAUUUUACAAAGCGUACAAGAACUUAGAGCUUUACUACAUAAUGAAAGCUGGUCACAUGGUGCCAUCAGAUAAUGGAGAGAUGGCUUUGGAGAUGGUAAAAAGAGUCAUCGAUGAAGAAUACUAACUAAUUAAAAUACAUUUGUCUAGUCAGGUUAAAACCGUCACAUUAACCCUUUAACUCCCAAGAUCUCAUUAGUAAUUCUCCUUACUAUCUCCUAUACAGUUCUUGUGAUGUUAGUUUGGAGGAUUUAGUAUUGGAUCAUCUUAUAAUCCCCUGGCUGAUAUUUGUCUUUAUUCUCAUAACUUGUCUGCUUGAUAUUGUUUUGAUAUAGUAAGGAGAAAUUCUUUCUUGGUCACUUAUGGGAGUUAAAGGGUUAACUGUCAAUUUUAGGUCCAGCAUUUUCAGCUAAAGUAGUGUUUUCUCAAAUUAGGUAAUGAGUGAAAGAGCCUUCCAUUCUUCCAUAAGAAUUGAUAUCCAACUCUGAAACAGUGAGAAACUAGGGGAAAAUCAGUUCACCAGUGAUUUCUUGGCAAAGGGCUCCAAACUCAACUACUUUCUAAGUCACCAACUGUUGACCCUAAAUAAUGAAACCAGUUAUCUAUAACACAAGUAGACCUACUUGGUAGCUUAUAACCCUUUAACCCCUAAGAGUGACUGGCAUCUAAUUUCUCCCAACAGUUUCACCCCUGAAUUACACUUUAAGGUCACGAGAAUAAAGGAAAUGAUCCCCAAAUAAAGAAGCUCUUGAUUGUUAGAUGAAUUCUCCUUGUCAGCACCUUAGGAAAUGUAAAGAGAACAGUAUGUAGAAUUUGCAUACUGAUUUUAGGGUACAAAGGGUUUAAGAAAAGGGCUUCAUGCACAAUCAAGGUUUUCAUAAAGAAAUAUUGCUGCAGGAGAUCCGUGUUGAAUGACAGGUGAUCAUUGUUUAUGCCUGGAUAAGAUUUUGAUCAAGUUAUUGAAAUUUAUAACAUCCCACAAUUCUUCACAACAGUCAGAGAAUUCUCUAGUUCCCUUUGAAGAACCAGAAAUUUCUGUUUCAAUAACUUACAAGUCAUUGCAAAAUGUAUUAAGUUUUGGUAUAAAUUUAAUCUGUUAAUAAAGUAAUAAAAUCAAAUUAUGUUUAACUUAUCAAUUUGUUAGUAUUACAGUUAAAUCCAUAUUAUACAGCACCAUGGUAUAUUAAGCAGUCACCCUGCAUUAAGCGGUUGGUUGUCAAAGUCCCAAAAUUUUUUGCCCUCAAGUACUAUAAUUAUUUUCACCUGUCGGCUUGUUUGUAUUGUCUUUUAACUGUAUUGAACAGUCUUUUAAAGUGGAACCACACAAUAAAACUAAGAGUCGUCAAUGUUA